GUUACCAAUUCCUUUGGAGUCUGUCAGCAUCAUUUUUUCACAAAGAACUCUCCGUCCUACUAGAAGCGGAACCAACACGAAUACGAGCAGAUCCGCGUCACCUGUCCGCGAAUUUGCGACACAUAAAGCGGCCAGCACGGGCUCACGCCGCGCGCGCCCCUGUUCUGUCCGCACCUAGACGUAGUCAUUGCAGAGCGACACAUCUGACCUUCAGAUCAGGCGCACCAGCUAGCAUGGCAUCCACGGCGGCGGCGGCGGCGGCGGCGGCGAUGGUGCCGAAGGUGGCCCUGCGGUCGGGCAACGCGACGCCGAUGCCGGCGGUCGGCAUGGGCACGGCGUCGUUCCCCCUGGUGCCCGAGGCCACCAAGAACGCCGUGCUGGCGGCCAUCGAGGUGGGCUACCGCCACUUCGACACCGCCUCCAUGUACGGCACAGAGAAGCCGCUCGGCGAGGCCGUGGCGGAGGCGGUGCGGCGCGGGCUCCUCCAGUCCCGGGAGGAGCUGUUCGUCACCUCCAAGCUGUGGUGCACGCAGAACCACCCGGACCUCGUGCUCCCCUCCCUCCGGGAGACCCUCAAGAACCUGCAGAUGGAGUACCUGGACCUGUACCUGAUCCACUGGCCGGUCUCCAUCAAGCCCAUGCCAAUAACUUCCCGGAACAAGAAGGAGGACGCCGUGCCGUUCGACGUCGAGGGCGUGUGGCGCGCGAUGGAGGAGUGCCAGCGUCUGGGCCUUGCCAAGGCGAUCGGCGUCAGCAACUUCACCACCAGGCACCUCGACAAGCUCCUGGCCGUCGCCACCAUCCCUCCCGCCGUGAACCAGGUGGAGUUGAACCCGGCGUGGCAGCAGCGCACGCUGAGGGCCUACUGCGCCGAGAAGGGCAUCCACGUCGCGGCCUACUCGCCGCUGGGAGGUCAGAACUGGGACGGGACGGGGAGGAACGCCGUGCUGGAGUCCGAUGCGCUCGCCGGGAUUGCGAAAGCGAGAGGUAAAACCGUCGCGCAGGUGGCGUUGCGAUGGAUAUAUGAGCAGGGAGUGACGUCCAUCGUCAAGAGCUACAACAAGGAGAGGCUCAAGCAAAACCUGGAGAUCUUCGACUGGGAGCUGACCGACGAAGACCAGCUCAAGAUCAGCCAGAUCCCACAGAAGAAGAUUUUUGAGGCCAGUGACAUGUUCUCGCAAGAGGGUGAAUUCAGGUCUGUUGAUCCAGCGGACCUGGACAUCGUAGAGGAAUAGGGACUGCGAAAUGUACCCGCUGGCUCCGGUAGACAUUUCGUGCAUUUGAAUAAGCAGGCUUGCGUUCACCGUUUCCGGUCUUGCUCGUGUUGAUGCUGUAAUUCCCUUUUUUAAUGAUGCGAUAUGCAAGUUUUAUCUCAAUAAAGAUUGCAACUGCUCACCAUUUUCAGAGGUUGCCAUAUUCGAAUU